GCUUUUUAGGUUGUUUUUCCCUCGCGGACAGCAUGGGCUGCGCAAUAUCAGGAUUCGGUUUAGUGCCAAAGCAAGUCGGAGAAGUGAAGGAAGAGGUACCCAUUGUACAUUUAAGUGAGAAACACAGAGAGAUGAUAACGGAUACGUGGAGAGUCAUCCAAGAAGAUAUCGCCAAAGUUGGAAUAAUAAUGUUUGUCAGGUUGUUUGAGACUCAUCCAGAAUGCAAAGACGUUUUCUUCCUGUUCCGAGACGUGGAGGACCUGGAGAGGCUGAGGACCAGCAGGGAGCUGCGAGCCCAUGGCCUACGGAUAAUGUCUUUCAUUGAGAAAAGUGUGGCUAGACUUAACCAGAUGGAACAACUAGACCAGCUGAUCUUGGACCUGGGCAAGAGUCACUAUCGCUACAAUGCCCCACCCAAGUACUACUCGUAUGUGGGGGCUGAGUUCAUAAGAGCCGUCCAGCCAAUCCUGAAGGAUAACUGGACCCCACAGGUGGAGGAAGCUUGGAAGACAUUAUUCCUGUACAUUACCACCAUCAUGAAGCAAGGGUACCUAGAGGAGGAACAGAACCAGAAAAAUGCCAUGGGCAACACCAACCGAGAGAGACCGGAGAAGAGGCUUAACCUCAUCUAGGACCGCUGAAGGUGAACUACUGUACUGUACAUCCAAUAGGGACUUGCAUCUACAAUAUCACUUAACACGUCUUGUCAAAAUAGUUGAUUAAACAUUCACUACAUUGCAGUGUCCAGUACAAUACACGUGUCCAGUUACAUAUAUACAUACAGUUUUGUAUGUUGUCUUUUUGUACCCAUUUUAUGCUUCUGGAAUUGUAACAGUCUGUGUUAGAUUAUGAACUACUUAGGUUUAGGCUUAUUUGUACUCAUAUGGGUAAAUGUCACUCAUCUGUCGUUUUUUUAUUUAUUUAAAAUGUUAAAUCCUACUGUAAAAUGAUGGACAAUGUACAAUUGUGUACAUAGUUGGCCCAAUUAUUUUCACAGUGAAUUAUAAUCAUUGAACAUUACUGUAAUCCGAUUUUAUCUUGAUUGUGGAGGUUUCUUUUUGGUGGUUCUAAAUAAUUUAGCGUAAGGGAGUCAGGUGGCUGAGCGGUUAGGGAAUUGGGCUAGUAAUCAGAAGGUUGCUGGUUCGAUUCCCGGCCGUGAAAAAUGACGUUGUGUCCUUGGGCAAAGCACUUCACCCUACUUGCCUCGGGAGAAUGUCCCUGUACUUACUGUAAGUCGCCAGAGCGUCUGCUAAAUGACUAAAUGUAAAUGUAAUUUGCAUUGUGCAUGGAUGUAUAAAAAAAGUUUAUGUUGGACUUGCCUGCUAUAAUAAAAGUACUACUACUGUA